AUCCGUCGAUUUUGUUUCCUUCUUCUUCCUCCUCCUCCUCCUCCUCCUCCUCCUCCUCCUCCUCCUCCUCCUUCGCUUUGCCUUCGGCGUCCCUCUUCAUCUCUUCUUCUUCUUCUUCUUCUUCUUCUUCUUCUUCUUCUUCUUCUUCUUCGUCGUCGUCGUCGUCGUCGUCGUCUUCUGCCUUCUCACCUCCCUCUUCUUCUCCCCGUCCAAUUAACCCCACCAGACGCGUGGCUCUUUCGUCGUUUUCUUCUUCCUCCCUUUCUUCUUCCUCUCCUUUCCCUUCUUCUACUCAAAGCAGUCUGGCCGUUGUUUGCCACUUUUCAACUUCUUCUUCUUCUUCUUCUUCUUCUUCUUCUUCAUCGGUUCUUCUUCGGCAUCGUGGAGUGUCCUGGUGGCGGUUUGCCUGCGAGCCCAUCCUGAGGGAAAGGAAGACCAGCCAUCGCUGUUUUGCUGUCGAUCGCUGUCAUCGUGCCACGUCAGCAGCCAUGUCGUCGAUCAACGGCAUAGAAGAUCCGAUGACGGUAGGUGGUACGGCGGGAUCCCGACGCGGCGGCGCAUCGCGUCUGGAAAACGACAAACUGUUGUAUCUGGUCAGGCACGGAACUACGGAGAUGAAUGAAUGUAUCGCUAACGCGCGUCUACAGGGGGUCAAAAAUUUUGUAGAUCCGAUGUUAUAUGACACGAAAUUGUCGGAACGAGGGUUGAUGCAAGCCGAAAAUCUCGCGAAGAUUACGGCAGCAUUGCAUGGUAAUACUAGUAGUAGUAAUAAUGCUUCUGCUGAUGCUAUUGAGUUGAUUGUCCUUUCUCCAUUAGGAAGGGCGAUGAAGACAGCGGAAUUAGGGUUUAAACACGUGGAAGCGGCGAGAGUGAUCUGUCCUCUCGCUCGAGAGCGAGUGUUUUAUUCCUCCGACGUGGGAAGAUCCCCAUCUGUUCUUUCUCAAGAAUUUCCUUACCUCGAUUUCACCGAACUAGAUGAGAUAUGGUGGCAUACCGACGGUUCAGGAGAUCCCAUGGCGGUGGUGCCUGAGCCCGACGAUGUCUUUGCUGAGAGAAUAGCACGUCUAAGGGAGUGGCUAUUGAAUAGACCCGAGAAAGUCAUCGCGGUAGUGUCACACUGGGCUGUGCUGCAAGCCUUAACACGGCGAUGCUUUCAGAAUUGUGAGCUGUUCACUUGUUACCUAUCAGAGACAUUUCCAAUUGCUACGCAAAAAAAAAAAGACAAAUGAGGAAAAGGGGGACAAGAGGUAAUCUGCAAUAUAUAUAUAUAUAGAUACCUAAAUAGAUACAUAUAUAGAUACAUAUGUAGAUACAUAUAUAUCUUUCUAUACAUGACAAGAAGGUGGUCAGGAAGGAAAUACUACGUCAUUCGAGGGAGGUGUGGAGGAAGAAGGAGGAGGAGGGAGGAGAAGGAGGGAGGAGGAGGGAGGAAGAAGAAGAGGGGAACACUUGCAUCCCUGCCGUCACAUCCUUAUCACCCAUCAGAUACAAUCGGUCCGUCACCCAUCAGAUACAAUCGGUCCGUGGGUAGAUCUGGGAUUAUUUCCAUGCUUACACGUGGCAUAGGCCCACUCAUAUGAGUCCCAUGAAGUGCAAACGUGUCUCUUCCUCCUCCUCCUCCUCCUCUUCCUUCUUCCUUCUCCUUCCGUCUUCCUCCUCCUUCCUUCUUCCUCCUUCCUCCCAGUCAGCCCGUGCUUCGGAUUUAUCCCGGUGGUACAUCGGGGAUUAUCUUCGUACACGGCGGAGGCGCAGUCGUAUGGAUUCGAUGAAGUGCAAACUUGUCCCUCUUCCUCCUCCUCCUUCCUCCUCCUUCCUCCUCCUUCCUCCUCCCUCCCGUACUGUGGAUCUGUGCCGGUGGCAAAUCUGGGAUUACAUCCGUACACGUGGCGGAGGCGCAGUCGUAUGCGUUCGAUUAAGUGCGUAAACGUGUCCCUCUCCCUCCUCCUUCCUCUUCCUCCUUCCUCCUUCCUCCUUCCUCCUUGUCGAUCCGUGCUGUGGAUCUGUACCGGUUGUACAUCUGGGAUUAUCUCUGUACACGAGGCAGAGGCGCAGUCAUAUGGGUCCGAUGUCCAGGCCGCUUUCUUCAAUUUUUUUCUCUGCGAUUAUCCUCAUUAUUCGGAUUCUCUCUACGACUUCAAAAGAAAAGAUUUAAAAAAAAAGAAAUCGUCGCUACAAUUGGACGAACGGAAAUCGUUCAAGUUGUUGUCUUCAUUACCGUGGGCUGCACUGUCGUUGUCGCCGUCAUCAUUCUCUUCUAUUUCUUUGCUGUACUAUAUUUGUUUUUUUGGGGGGGGCGGUGGGGGAUAUUGUACUAUAAUAGGUGUACAUGAAGCUGUUUUUUUUCUUUUUUUUCUUUUUUUUCUUUUUCUUUUUUUUCUUUUUUGGCUCUAUUAUGUGGCCACUACGGUGUCAUUGUCACCGUAACACCACAGGCUCCAUCCAUUCGUUCUAAGUGAUGAGAUCUGGGAUCUGUGAUCAUGCGUAGGCAAGCUUCGUUUUUGAGAGCGUGAAGGAGGAUGCGCUUAAGCCAGUUUC